AGCCCUCCUGCCGCGCCCGCGGCCACUGCGCCAACGCCAAGUUUGCGCCCCGAGAGUUUGCGCUGGGUCGCGUCCUCCGGCUCGCCGCUCGGUCCCCGUGAGCCAGGCGGCCGCGCGGCCCUCGGGACAGCCACCCGCGCGCACUCGGGCGGGAGGACGCCGAGCGGGGUGGCGCGGCCUGGGGCCGGGGCUGCCGCCUCCCGAAGAUGCAGGAUGGCAGCAGAGCCUCCUCCCAGCCUCUCCUACCGCACCACGGGCUCCACCUGUCUGCACCCGCUCAGCGAGCUCCUGGGCAUCCCUCUGGACCAGGUGAAUUUUGUGGCUUGCCAGCUCUUUGCUUUGUGUGCUGCUUUCUGGUUCCGUAGCUACUUGAGCCCUGGUAAAACCAGUCCUGAUGUCCGGCAUGCGUUUGCCACCAUUUUUGGCAUCUAUUUUGUCAUCUUUUGUUUUGGCUGGUACUCGGUGCAUCUUUUCGUGCUGGUGUUAAUGUGCUAUGGAAUCAUGGUCACUGCAAGCGCAUCCAAUAUUCACAGAUACUCCUUUUUUGUAGCAAUGGGCUACCUUACGAUAUGCCACAUCAGCCGAAUAUACAUCUUCCACUAUGGCAUUCUCACUACAGAUUUUUCUGGGCCUUUGAUGAUUGUCACUCAGAAGAUCACAACCUUGGCAUUCCAAGUUCACGACGGAUUAGGUCGAAAGGCUGAAGAUCUUUCCACUGAGCAAUAUCGGCUUGCUGUAAAAGCAAAACCCUCCUUUUUGGAAUACGUAAGCUACCUUCUCAACUUCCUGAGUGUCAUGGCGGGCCCUUGUAACAAUUUCAAGGAGUAUAUAGCCUUCAUUGAGGGGAGACAUACAAACAUGAAGUUGCUGGAAGUGAACUGGAAGGAAAAAGGCUUCCACAGCCUGCCAGAACCUUCUCCCACUGGAGCCGUGAUACACAAAUUGUGCAUGACCUUGGUGUCUCUCCUUUUGUUUUUGACGCUUACGAAGACCUUCCCUGUCACCUGCCUGGUUGGCGACUGGUUUGUUCAUAAGGCAAACUUUCUGACCCGACUCUGCUACUUAUAUGUUGUCAUGCAAGCCUCGAAGCCCAAGUAUUACUUUGCCUGGACGUUAGCUGAUGCAGUGAAUAACGCAGCUGGCUUUGGGUUCAGCGGAGUGGAUAAGAAUGGAAAUUUCUGUUGGGAUCUGCUUUCUAACCUAAACAUCUGGAAAAUUGAGACUGCCACAAGUUUCAAGAUGUACUUAGAAAACUGGAAUAUUCAGACAGCUACUUGGCUAAAGCGAGUGUGCUAUGAGCGGGUUCCCUGGCAUCCCACCGUGCUAACCUUCAUCCUGUCUGCCUUGUGGCACGGUGUCUACCCUGGAUACUACUUUACCUUCUUAACUGGAAUCCUUGUCACGCUAGCAGCCAGAACGGUGAGGAACAACUACAGACAUUACUUCCUUUCUUCAAAAGCCCUCAAGGUUGUUUAUGACAUAGUCACCUGGGCCGUCACUCAGCUGGCCGUCUCUUACACAGUCGCCCCCUUCGUUAUGUUGGCCGUGGAACCCACCAUCAGUUUAUACAAGUCCAUGUACUUUUACUUACACAUUAUCAGUCUCCUGAUUAUACUAUUCCUGCCAAUCAAACCACAAGCUCAUCAUCAAAGGCGGCCUCAGACUCUGAACUCUGUUAAGAAAAAAAUAGAUUGAUACCUCCAAAAAAAAGAAACAAACAAAAGCUGAACACAUAAGACUGCAAAUCACUGGACAGAGGAAAUAAAAAGACUCCAGAGUUCUCCAGUGACCUAGAGGUGAUGUUUACAUGCAUCUAUUUUGUUUUGAUUUUUUAAGUGCAGGGAGUAUUUUUAUAAAGCUUUUUUUUGUAUCAUUGAAUCAGCCAUGUCCAGUUGAUUUAAUACUUUCUAGGACAUUUGAGUAGUAUGGAGGUGUGUGGAGAAUGUGCUAGAACUGCAGAGACAGUCCAUUCUGGGCUAGCUGGGUCUUCACUUUUCUGGCAUGAUCUCCAACCACUGAAAUCUGGACGUUGGGAACCCGGGCGUCUGCUCCAGAAGUUAGAAGGUAAAGCUGAGAUGACUUGUCUUCCAGAACAUAUGCAAGAUGGUUGUUCCUUGGGAAGCCCCCAGUCCUUUGACUUGUGACAUUACUGUUCUCAAACACAUUAACUACACUCAGAAGAUUGCUGGGGAGGGACUGUGUGGAGGGAGGUUUGCAGAAUACUGAAAAUUCAAUGAGCCUGCAGGACUAAAUGUGAAUGGACACUUGAAUGGACCGGAAGUCAGAUACGUGCCCUGAGGGUGGCUGCGUUACGCCCCCGCCCCCCGCCAGGGAUGUAACCCUUCUUUCUUCUGAAGUGAGCCAAGGUUGGAAAUCAAAGUCUCCUGUCCACAUACGAGAAGUCUCAGAGGGGCUACAGUUUUCCAUUGCAUAUGUGCCUUCUGCUUGCCCAGGCAUGGCCCUGAGAAAACACCCAGAUUUCACACCAUUAAGGCAGAGGGAUGUCUUUUUAUAAGUAUUUUAAAAAGUAAUUUAAAGUUAUAUUGAAGUUUGGGAAGAAGAGGCAGAUAUUUCUCUUUUCUCCCCUCACUUCUCAGAGGUGUUUAUGAUCACAGCCCAUGAUGUUCACUUGGGCUGGUUUACAUUUUUUUCAGUUUCAUAGCUGAUUAAAUCCUACAUUGUUUUAGUUGAAUCAUCCUAUUAGAAAGCAGAGAUUGAAAAAUGGUUUUCCUUUCUAUCUUUGUAAUGAAUGUGCUGUGGCUCCUUUGGGAAACUUCUAUUGGGUGAUAUUCUAUGUGGGAGAAGGACACAUGGUAUUAAAUGUUGUGGAAAAUAAUAAUGAUAAUAAUAAAAUCUAUGCUACAAUGUUGUACCCUCAAUCAAAUACCUUGGGAGGAGAGAAUUUGUUCAAAUCAGAUGGUAAAUCAAU